ACGCCGGAGGGAGGCCGGUCGGCCGCGGGCGGGCGGGCAGCGCAGCGCCGAGCGGGGCCCGCGGGUCCAUGAGGAGGCCCGGGGACCAUGGGCUCCAGGAUCAAGCAGAACCCAGAGACCAUGUUUGAAGUGUACGUUGAAGUGGCCUAUCCUAGGACAGGUGGCACUGUUUCAGAUCCUGAGGUGCAGAGGCAAUUCCCGGAGGACUACAGUGACCAGGAAGUUCUACAGACUUUGACCAAGUUUUGUUUCCCCUUCUAUGUGGACAGCCUCACAGUUAGCCAAGUUGGCCAGAACUUCACAUUUGUACUCACUGACAUUGACAGCAAACAGAGAUUCGGGUUCUGCCGCUUAUCUUCAGGAGCCAAGAGUUGCUUCUGUAUCUUAAGCUAUCUCCCCUGGUUCGAAGUAUUUUAUAAGCUGCUUAACAUCUUGGCAGAUUACACGACAAAAGGACAGGAGAGUCAGUGGAAUGAGCUUCUUGAAACUCUGCACAAACUUCCUAUCCCUGACCCAGGAGUAUCUGUUCAUCUCAGCGUGCAUUCUUAUUUUACUGUGCCUGACACCAGAGAACUUCCCAGCAUCCCUGAGAAUAGAAAUCUGACAGAGUAUUUUGUGGCUGUGGAUGUAAACAACAUGCUGCAUCUGUACGCAAGCAUGCUCUGCGAGCGCCGGAUCCUCAUCAUCUGCAGCAAGCUCAGCACUUUGACUGCCUGCAUCCAUGGGUCUGCUGCGAUGCUCUACCCCAUGUUCUGGCAGCACGUGUACAUCCCCGUCCUGCCUCCACAUCUGCUGGACUACUGCUGCGCUCCCAUGCCCUACCUCAUAGGAAUCCAUUUAAGUUUAAUGGAGAAAGUCAGAAACAUGGCCCUGGAUGAUGUCGUGAUUCUGAACGUGGACACCAACACCCUGGAAACCCCCUUUGAUGACCUCCAGAGCCUCCCAAAUGACGUGAUCUCUUCACUGAAGAACCGGCUGAAGAAGGUCUCCACAACAACUGGCGAUGGUGUGGCCAGAGCCUUCCUCAAGGCCCAGGCCGCUUUCUUCGGCAGCUACCGAAACGCUCUGAAAAUAGAGCCGGAGGAGCCAAUCACCUUUUGCGAGGAAGCCUUCGUGUCCCACUAUCGCUCCGGAGCCAUGAGGCAGUUCCUGCAGAACGCCACACAGCUGCAGCUCUUCAAGCAGUUUAUCGAUGGUAGAUUAGACCUUCUCAAUUCCGGUGAGGGCUUCAGUGAUGUCUUUGAAGAGGAGAUCAACAUGGGCGAGUAUGCUGGGAGCGAUAAACUGUACCACCAGUGGCUCUCCACAGUCCGGAAAGGAAGUGGAGCAAUUCUGAAUACUGUAAAAACGAAAGCAAACCCAGCCAUGAAGACUGUCUAUAAGUUCGCAAAAGAUCAUGCAAAAAUGGGAAUAAAAGAGGUGAAAAACCGCUUGAAGCAAAAGGACAUCACCGAGAAUGGCUGUGUCCCCACCACAGAAGAGCAGCUGCCAAAGACUGCGCCGUCCCCACUGGUGGAGGCCAAGGACCCCAAGUUCCGAGAAGACCGGAGGCCAAUCACAGUCCACUUUGGACAGCCGCAGAGACUCCAUCCCACUCGCCCGCCGCCUCCCAAGAUACAGCGCUCGAGGCCCGUGCGCCCUCCCCGGCCACACGUCAUUAAGAGGCCGAAGAGCAACAUCGCGGUGGAAGGCCGGAGGACGUCCGUCCCGAGCCCCGAACACCUCGUAAAGCCCUUGCGACACUAUGCUGUCUUCCUCUCCGAAGACUCCUCUGACGAUGAAUGCCAGCGGGAAGAGGGCCCGAGCUCUGGCUUCACCGAAAGCUUUUUCUUCUCCGCUCCCUUUGAAUGGCCGCAGCCGUAUCGGACACUCAAGGAGUCAGACAGCGCGGGAGACGAGGCAGACAGCCCUGAGCAGCGAGCGCGGGAGCCCGUGGCCCCCACCCCAGCUCCGCCCGACCGGGCUGCCAGCAUCGACCUCCUGGAGGAUGUCUUCAGCAGCCUCGACAUGGAGGUCCCACUGCAGCCGCUGGGCCAGGCCAAAAGCUUGGAGGACCUUCGGCCCCCCAAAGACCUGAGGGAGCAGCCAGGGACCUUUGACUAUCAGAGGCUGGACCUGGGCAGGAGUGAGAGGAGCCGUGGGAUGCCAGGAGUCUUGAAGCUCGCCCACCCGCACAACAAGCUCUGGAGCCUGGGCCAGGAUGACAUGGCCGUCCCCAGCAAGCCUCCUGCCACCUCCCCCAAGAAGCCCUCGGCCCUGCUUGGGAAAUCCCCGGCCCUGCCCAGCAGGCCCCAGAACUGGGACGGCAUCCUGAACCCCACCGACAAGGAGGAGGUGCCCACCCCGACUCUGGGCAGCAUCACCAUCCCCCGGCCCCAGGGCAGGAAGACCCCGGAGCUGGGCAUCGUGCCCCCGCCCCCCACUGCCCGCCCGGCCAAGCUCCAGGCUGCCGGCACUGCCCUCGGCGACUUCUCCUCAGAGCGGCUGCAGGCGGAGCGGGAAAGGCGGGCUGCCCUGGGCUCAGCCGCGAUCCCUGGGCUCCACCCCAGUGCUGCCCCCCAAGACCCCACCGAACUGCUCCAGCCACUCAGCCUGGCCCCAGGGGCUGCGGGCACAGACAGUGAUGCCCUGCUGGCCCUCCUGGACCCACUUAGCACAGCCUGGUCAGGCAGUACCCUUCCACCAGGUCCUACAGCCCCAAAUGUAGCCACCCCAUUUACUCCCCAGUUUAGCUUCCCCCCCAUGGGGACCCCCACCCCAUUUCCACAGCCAUCACUCAACCCCUUUGUCCCAUCUGUGCCAGCAACACUGCCUACCAUGCCCCUGGUCUCCACACCAGCUGGGCCUUUUGGGGCCCCUCCUGCUUCCCUGGGGCCCGCUUUUGCCCCCAGCCUCCUGCUGUCCGGUUCUGGCUUCUGUGCCCCACAGAGAUCUCAGCCCAACCUGUCUGCCCUCUCCAUGCCCAACCUCUUUGGCCAGAUGCCCAUGGGUGCCCACUCCCUGCAGCCCCUGGGUCCCCCAGCAGUCGCCCCUUCAAGGAUCCGAACAUUGCCCCUGGCCCGCUCAAGUGCCCGGGCUGCCGAGGCCAAGCAAGGGCUGGCGCUAAGGCCUGGGGACGCCCCGCUCCUUCCUUCCAGAGCCCCCCAGGGCCUGGCGCCAGCACUGCAGCCAUCUGCUCCACGGGAGGCCAGAGACCCCUUUGAGGAUUUGUUACGGAAAACCAAGCAAGAUGUGAGCCCGGCCCCAGCCCCCGGCUCAGUGGAGCAGCUCAGGAAGCAGUGGGAGACCUUCGAGUGAGCGGGCGCUGAGU